AUGGCCGUGAAACGUAAGGCCUCAUCGGAGGGUCCGACGACUCCUAAGCGACGCCAGAAGCAGACUGUCCUGGACGAUUCUGACAUGAUCUAUGAAGAGAUUCACUCCGAUACUGAGUAUUCCGCACCGGGUGCUCCAAGCGUAAUGAGUGAAGACAUGGACGGCUCUCCCGCGACCUCGGCCACCUCUUCCCGACAAAGAUACCCAUCUGAGCUCAAAACCUUUGCUUGCUCAUUUGAGGGGUGCAACAAGGCCUACAAUCGUCCGGCUCGACUCCAGGAGCAUAUCCGAUCACACAACAACGAAAGACUCUUCAAGUGUGAGUUUGAGGACUGCGACAAGACAUUCUUACGGACUACCCAUCUUCAACACCAUAUCAAGAGUGCCCAUACAGGUGUUCGAGACUAUGUUUGCGACUACCCGAAUUGCGGAAAGAGCUUUGUGAACGGGGCACGGCUUCGCAGACAUGUCGCUACGCAUGAUGGACAUGACAAGUACCGCUGUACCGAGUACGCACCUUGCGACGAGACAUUCCGGAAGCACUCGACGCUACAACAGCAUAUCAUGGUCGCUCAUUUGGGCCAGAAGCCAUUUCCAUGUACUUACGUGGAUCCAGCCACCAACGAGAAAUGUAAGAUGGCUUUUGACAAGGCUGGCAACCUACGGACCCACCAGAGCAGAGUCCAUUCCGAGAAGCGAUUCACCUGCGCAGAAUGUGCCGAAAAGAUGGAAACCAAUCUAUCAGAUAUGGGCGACGACAAUGCGAACCAGGAUGUAUCAUUCCCAUCGUAUGCCAGUUUACAAAACCACAUUCGGAUUGUUCACCCUCCUCAAUGUCCCGAGUGUCCAUUGGUCUGCUCCACAGCACGAGGACUGCGGCGCCACCUGGAGAUCGCCCACGGCAACGUCUCUCUUGAAGAUCGAAAAAUCUUCCCUUGCACGGUCCCCGACUGCGGGCGCAGCUUCACCAAGCAAGGCAAUUUGACUGUCCAUAUCCGCACAGUGCACGAUGGCGAAAAACGGUUCGUCUGCGGCGAAACAGAUCUUUCAAACUCCAAGAAGCUUGAGGGAUGGGACGGCGUUGGUUGCGGUAAGCGCUACGGCAACAAGCUCACACUCGAAGAUCAUAUCCGCACUGCACACUUGGGCCUUCCGAAUGCCAGGAAACGACGUCAAGCAAAGAUGAGCGCAAAGCCAGCGCAGAAUUCCGUUUCCACUCUUUCCGCUCUCACAGGACAAGGCUACGCCGAGGAAACAGGACGACAGAUCGCUUGCUUCUACCACGAGUCAUGUCCACAUCGUUUCCAUCGCAACUACGAUCUGUGGGUACACAUGACCACCAAACAUACCUGUACCGAGGACGAGGUCCAAAAUCUCUUUAUGCAGCGCGCUUUGCUUACUGAUGAAUCCGGCCCUGGAGGAACCUCAAACUCACUUGGUAUCUAUGGUCUUGGAUACGAUCGGGAUAGUCAGUCGUAUUACCAACAGUCAUACAUGGCGGGAGAUCACUCUUCCGAUAUUGCUUUUGGCUCACAAUCGAACGAUUCGUCCUAUAUUCCUACCCAGCCGGGCUUGGAUUCUGAUUAUUUGAUGCAAGACGAUUUUACAGCGAGUGCAGCCGGCGACAUUGAUUCUAUGAUACCCAGCCAUAAUCAGAUGGCAUUGGCCGACCCUGUUGAUGCUUACUACGCGAUGGAACAGUGA